AUGAUGAUGACGUGCCGUCUGCUGUGCGCCCUGUUGGUGCUUGCCCUGUGGUGCUGCCCGUACGUGUGCGCGGCAGCAAACGGUGAAGAACUUACUGAAGGCCCCAGUCCACCGAAGAAUGUAGGUGCGCCUGAUGAGUCACAGGAAUCAAUGAUGUCCGUUACUUCAGAAGACACUGAGCAAAACAAGAGGGCCGAUCAUUCAGCGGGACAAGAUCCGAAUGAUAAUACGAUACAAGAACCAAAUACGACAACCACGACAACGACGAAGGCACCAACUACGACUACGACGACUACGCCAAAGGCACCGACGACCACCACGACCACCGCGCCAGAGGGACCAAGUACCACGACCACUGAAGCCCCAAGUAACAAGACCACCCGCGCACCGUCACGUCUUCGCGAAAUCGAUGGCAGCCUCGGCAGCUCUGCGUGGGUGUGUGCCCCGCUGCUGCUCGCCGUAUCCGCGCUGGCGUACACCACUCUGGGCUGA